GUGACGCACCACCAUCUUUCCGGUGCGGGCGGCGUGCUCUCUCCGGGCCCGCGAGGGGAGCCGUCGCGGCCAUGAGCGUCCCGGCCUUUAUCGAUAUCACCGAGGAGGAUCAGGCUGCAGAACUUCGAGCUUAUCUGAAAUCUAAAGGAGCCGAGAUCUCUGAAGAGAACUCUGAAGGUGGACUUCACAUUGACUUGGCUCAGAUUAUUGAAGUCUGUGAUGUAUGUCUAAAGGAGGAUGAUAAAGAUGUUGAAAGUGUAAUGAACAGUGUAGUAUCUCUGCUUCUUAUCCUGGAACCUGACAAACAAGAAGCUUUGAUUGAAAGCCUGUGUGAGAAGUUGGUAAAAUUUCGGGAAGGUGAGCGUCCAUCUCUGAGGCUGCAGCUGCUGAGCAAUCUCUUCCAUGGUAUGGAUAAGAAUACUCCUGUGAGAUAUACAGUCUACUGCAGCCUUAUUAAAGUGGCCUCAGCAUGUGGUGCCAUUCAGUACAUUCCAACUGAACUAGAUCAGGUUCGAAAGUGGAUUUCUGACUGGAAUCUCAGCACAGAGAAAAAACAUACUCUUCUGAGACUGCUAUAUGAUGCACUGGUGGACUGCAAGAAGAGAUUCCACUUGGAGAUCUUUGAAGAGGAAGUUAACAAAUUGGCUUCAAUUAUUGAAUCAGCUAUCUCUUGCUUCCCAUCGUGCCAGAAAAAGUCUCUUCUUAUAGAGGCUCUGAUAAGUGGCAGCUUUGCAAGUGACUCUGCAGCCAAAGUAAUGGUGGAACUGUUGGGAAGUUACACAGAAGAUAAUGCUUCCCAGGCUAGAGUUGAUGCUCACAGAUGUAUUGUCCGAGCACUGAAGGACCCAAAUACCUUUCUCUUCGACCAUCUUCUUGCCUUAAAACCAGUGAAAUUUUUGGAAGGAGAACUUAUCCAUGAUCUUUUGACCAUUUUUGUAAGUGCAAAAUUAGCAUCCUACGUCAAGUUUUAUCAGAACAACAAAGACUUCAUUGACUCACUUGGCUUGUUACAUGAGCAGAAUAUGGCAAAAAUGAGACUACUUACUUUUAUGGGAAUGGCAGUGGAAAACAAAGAAAUCUCAUUUGACACAAUGCAGCAGGAACUUCAGAUUGGAGCCGAUGAUGUAGAAGCAUUUGUCAUUGAUGCUGUAAAGACAAAGAUGGUGAACUGCAAAAUUGAUCAGACACAGAGAAAAGUAGUUGUCAGUAACAGCACACAUCGGACUUUUGGAAAGCAGCAGUGGCAACAAUUGUAUGACACACUUAACUCCUGGAAACAAAAUUUGAAUCAAGUGAAAAACAGUCUCCUCAGUCUUUCUGAUACCUGAAUGUUGCAUUUUUUUGUUGGCCUCAGAGCAGAUUCCAAAAACGUUCAAAACUUCAUUUUGACAACUUUUGAAGUUUUUUUGUCUCCAAAAUAUGUGUAAUUGGUUUUAAGAAAUUAAAGACUCAACUAUGAGCUACAAAAGCAAUAAAAGUAAAAUGGGAAAACA